CAGCAGCAGUAGCACCCCUCCUGGUCUAAAUCAACAUACGCUCAUAGGAAACGAUUGCCAAAGCGAACCAACAACCGCAGCUCCUCCGUGAGCUUCUCGACCCGUUCCAGUGAGGAUUUCGGCAUAAGUUUGAACGCUAUAAAUCGGGAGAGAGUGUGUUUUUUUUUUUAUUAGAAAGGCGACUUGUAUUUUUGUCGAAGAGACGGCAUCCGGCCUCAGAGAAGCAGGCGAGGGCAGGGACUCGGGUCCAAACAACGCUAACCGUCUCUGGCCCCCCCCCUCCCCCCUUCCCCCUGCCUCAGAGGCCCAUGGAGAGGAUGAAGAAGUUUAGGAGGCGUUUGUCGCUCACUCUGCGUGGUAGCCAGACGAUCGAUGAAUCGCUCUCUGAGUUGGCGGAACAGAUGACCAUCGAGGAGAACAGCAGCAAGGACAGUGAGCCCAUUGUGAGGAAUGGACGGCCGCCCUCUUCCCACAGCAUGCAUUCGUUCUUGCACCAGUACACAGGCUCCUUUAAGAAGCCACCUCUGCGUCGGCCGCACAGUGUCAUCGGGGGCAGCCUGGGGUCGUUCAUGGCAAUGCCCCGAAAUGGCAGUCGUCUCGACAUUGUUCAUGAGAAUCUGAAGAUGGGUUCUGACGGAGAGAGCGAUCAGGCCUCGGGGACAUCCUCAGAUGAAGUUCAGUCGCCCACCGGUGUGUGUCUCCGCACCAGAUCACACCGGCGCAUAUCCAUGGAGGACCUGAAUAAACGUCUGUCAUUGCCUGCUGAUAUCCGGAUUCCUGACGGUUACCUGGAAAAGCUUCAGUUGAGCAGCCCACCGUUUGACCAACCCCUCAGCCGGCGAUCACGUAGAGCUUCCCUGUCUGAAAUCGGGUUUGGGAAGCUGGAGACCUACAUAAAACUUGACAAGUUGGGAGAGGGGACAUAUGCCACUGUCUUCAAGGGGCGGAGUAAAUUGACUGACAACCUCGUAGCUCUGAAAGAAAUCCGAUUGGAGCACGAGGAGGGAGCGCCAUGCACGGCUAUUAGAGAGGUGUCGUUACUGAAGGAUUUAAAGCACGCCAACAUUGUCACACUUCAUGACAUCGUCCACACAGACAAAUCCCUCACUCUUGUUUUUGAGUACCUGGAUAAAGAUCUGAAGCAAUACAUGGAUGACUGUGGGAACAUCAUGAGUAUGCACAAUGUUAAGAUUUUCCUGUUCCAGAUUUUGCGAGGACUGGCGUACUGCCACAGACGCAAGGUUUUGCACAGGGACCUGAAACCACAAAACCUGCUCAUUAAUGAGAGAGGAGAACUCAAACUCGCUGAUUUUGGUCUGGCGCGAGCCAAGUCUGUCCCCACUAAGACGUACUCUAAUGAGGUGGUGACCUUAUGGUACAGACCUCCUGAUGUACUACUGGGAUCCUCUGAGUACUCCACACAGAUCGAUAUGUGGGGUGUUGGAUGUAUAUUUUAUGAAAUGGCUGCUGGUCGGCCACUCUUUCCCGGAUCCACCGUUGAAGAUGAGCUGCAUCUAAUCUUUCGAUUACUGGGUACACCUACAGAGGACAACUGGCCCGGUAUCUCGUCCAUCGAAGAGUUCAAGUCUUACAACUUCCCCAAAUACAAGCCUCAGCCCUUCAUCAAUCAUGCACCCAGGUUGGAUACUGAAGGAAUAGAAUUGUUGUUGUCCUUUUUAAGGUAUGAGUCCAAGAAGAGAAUCUCUGCAGAUGAAUCGAUGAAACACUCCCAUUUCAAGAGUCUGGGCAUGCGUGUGCACACACUGCCAGAGAACAUAUCCAUAUUUACACUGAAGGAAGUGCAGCUUCAGAGGGACCCUGGCUACCGAAACUCCUCGUAUCCAGAGACAGGAAAUGGCAAGAACAGAAGGCAGAGCAUGCUUUUUUAAGCUGUGUUCCCUCACACACUUGCCCCUCAUGAACACACACCCUCACACAAACACACACACACACACUUAACGGAUCAUGUUGAUGGUUCUUAAUCCGUGACUGUGUUGUAUAGGCUAACUGACUAGCCCCCCUCUUACUCUCCGAGAGAAGGUGUUGUUGUUGUGCAUGCGAGAUGAAGAGGAUUGGUCGAACCUACUGUCUGUCUCGCCCUAGUGACCCGCCUCCAGCAUGCAGCCUUGAGCCAGAAUGCCCAACGCCCUUUGUCUGGACGCCCCACCCCAUCCCCUGUGUGACGAUUAGGGUGUGUGAGCGCGUGCAAACGUGUAUAUAUUUAUUGAUUGGGGGAUUGUUUUGCUGCUAAUUGACUACUGUCUUUUCGUAACUUCCUCAAUCUUGGGUGACCCUCACGGGUUGCCAUGGACACAUCAGUCCCAUGUUGAUAAUUUUGUUUGUUCUUCUUUUUUUUUUUAAGUGAUUAUAAUUCAGUUGAAAUGUCAACAUUGCAACUGUUAUUUGUUGUUGUGUUGAUUUUACAGAGAUGGAGUGCCUAUACAAGUGUGUUUUGAAUUUAAUUCAGUUUUUUCUGGCAUAGCCAUUUUGCAGAAAAACUGAAUGACAAAAAUGAUCCCUUCCCAAAUACUAAUUCCAAACCUAAAAUUUUAACAUACCAUUUCAAAAGAGACCCACGCUUCUUCCAUUGUCUCACUCUGAUAUGGGAAUGUUCAUUAUCUGUGAGGACUAUGGCACACUGACAGUUGUGGGCUUGCUGAGCAAGCUUGCUCCACGGGACCUUCCCAACCGUGUUGCAUUCGGAAAGCUCCAGCUUCAUUAGGAACACUGUUCUUCGGAUGAAUCUAUGACCGUUUAUGGUUUAUGGUCUUGCUACAGCACAUCCGGUUAAUGUGACGGAAGAGAGAUGGUAGAAAACAAACACUGGACCAGCGGGAACCAUGUGACCUCACCAGUCUGACUGAGAACCGGACCAUAUUUUCUUAAAGGGAUAGUUGAAGUAUGAUUUACUCACCUUCAUAUUGUUCCAAACCCCUGUAACUUUCUUUUGUGGAACUUGUGGAAGAAAGAGUAGAGAUGUUGGAUGAAAUGUUAGCCUCAGUAAACUUGUAUUGUAUGGAACAAAGAUGCAAUGAAAUUGAAUGGUGACUGAGGCUUUCAUUGUGCCUAACAUCUCCUUUUGCGAUCCACAGAAUAAAUAGGCAUAUAAGGUUGAAACAACAUGAGGGUAAAUUUUCAUUUUUGGAUAAACUAUACCCUUAGCUUCCCUCUUUUUCUGUUCAUUUGUUUAGUUUAAAAGUUCUUAGUGAACUUCCUGCCUGAAUUGAAGUGCUUGUAUGGCAGAUUGUUUUAUUUCUUUAUAUUUUGCCAGUUUACUUUCCUAAUGCAUCAUCACAAACAGUACAGAAAUGACUCUUUCCUAUCAACUGAGCUCCUCUGUAGCGUGUUUAUAAUGUUUGUAAAAGAGAGAGAGUGUUUUUCUGUGAAUAUGAAAACCAGUAACUGUACAGAGCCACAUUGCUCCAUGCAAGCGAUGGCUGUGAAGAUGAGCUAGUUUCAUUAACAGUAUUAAGAGAUUUUUUUUGUAAUGUUAUAUAUUGACCCUUCUGUGAAUAAUGGUAACUUAAUGUGGCAUGUUAAGAGUCCGACUGUCCCACAUUUGUGCUCUUAUUUUAUUCAGAAGAGAAAAAUAUAUAUUAAGUGUAUGAAAAGAAAAAGUUACAACAAAACAAACGUUUUUGAAAAUUUGGACAGCUGCAUUGGACCAAUGUUUCUUUUCCCCAGCAUUAAUGUACAUGAAGAAUGCAGAAGAUAUCAAGCAGGUUUUAGUUUCAGCAGAUUUUUUUUCAAAACUGACAGAUGUUAAUCGAUAUUGUAAUAUUGGAGAUGAUUGUAUCUGGAAGCGUGUGUACGCGAGAGAGAGAGCGCGCUUGCUUGCGUGCGUGUCUACGUGACGCAUGGAAUGCGUGUUGUCCUGUAAGCUCCGCCUCAAACACUGACGCUCUCAUUCCCAGCUGUGGCUGAAUUGACCGUUACACUCUUUGUACUGGAGAUAUUUAUUUCUCUUAAUCAGUAAAGUAAACCUGGUCUGUUUCAUACAGAGAACAACCUGUUCAUUGUUA